GUCAUUUCAUGCAGGAUAUGGACGUGGAUGCCUCUCCCUCUCUUCUCUCCUCGGCACAUUGGCUACAGUUGGCCGCUCUCAUGCCGGCCCAAUGAACCCCCAACCUCACGGCUCGUCUAGCAUACAAUGGAUUAACAGGAAAGACAUGAGUAUCCGUUCUGAGGACAGCAUAAGCCUGUGCCAGAGGGCUCUGCAGAUAGUUACAGAGCUCUGCCUCGCUGGUCAUGUUGACCGCGAGAAAUGCUCUGACAUAUUCCCGUUGGAGAGCACCAUACCAGGUAAAGGAAGUGCAGACAUCUCUGUCAGUCUCCUUGCUGUUGUCGUGGGUUUCUGUGGUCUCGCCCUGUUGGUAGUUUCUCUCUUUGUCUUUUGGAAGCUGUGCUGGCCCAUCUGGAGGAGCAAGGCCCUGUCAUCCCAUGUGGACAACCGUGGCCAGGGUGCACUCCCUGAAGCGCCUCCGCACAUGACCUCCUUGCCUCAGCCUCCCGCCGCCGAGACGAAGGUGGUGCUGGCAGGCAGGCAGCCAUCGCCGCAGCCGCUGCAGAAACAGCAUGACGAGGACGAGUGGAAGCGGAAAGUUCCAGAAGUGAAGGUCAACGGCCGGAGCUCGGUGAAGCUGCUCGAGGCGGCCAUGAAGAUCAGUCAGACCUCGCCGGACAUUCCAGCGGAGGUGCAACAGGCUCUGCACGAGCACCUGACCAAGCAGGCUAAGAUCCAGAGACAGACCACAGAGCCUACCUCCUCCUCCAGGCACAAUUCCUUCCGCCGUCAUCUUCCACGACAAAUGAAUGUGACUAGUGUUGACUUUAGUAUGGACACUCUGCCCAUGCGGCAGUCUUCAACCACAAGCAUUGGCCGGAUAAAGCCAGAGCUUUACAAGCAGAAGUCUGUGGACUCAGAAGAGGGUAACAAAGUGCCAGUGGAGACCUGCGGCAAGCUGAGCUUUGCCCUGCGCUACGACUACGAAGAACAGGCCUUGGAGGUGCGCAUCCUUAAAGCCUUGGAGUUACCAGCAAAGGACUUCACAGGAACCUCGGACCCAUACGUGAAGAUCUACCUGCUGCCCGAGCGCAAGAAGAAGUUUCAGACCCGCGUCCACCGCAAGAACCUGAACCCCGUGUUCGACGAGACCUUCCGCUUCCCAGUCGAGUACGACCAGCUGUGCAACCGAAAGCUCCACUUCAGUGUGUAUGACUUUGACCGUUUCACCAGUCACGACAUGAUCGGCGAAGUGGUGGUGGACAACCUCUUCGAGCUGUCAGACCUCUCCAGGGAGGCAGUGGUCUGGAAGGACAUUCUUGCUGCCACUACAGAAAGUGUGGACUUGGGAGAGAUUAUGUUCUCUCUCUGCUACCUACCCACAGCUGGCAGAGUGACCCUUACCGUCAUCAAGUGCCGGAACCUGAAAGCCAUGGACAUUACUGGCUCCUCGGACCCUUAUGUGAAAGUGUCCCUCAUAUGUGAUGGCCGAAGGCUAAAGAAGAGGAAGACCACAACCAAGAAGAGCACCCUCAAUCCAGUGUACAAUGAAGCCAUCAUCUUUGACAUCCCCCCUGAAAAUGUGGAGCAAGUCAGCUUGUCAAUCAUGGUGAUGGAUUAUGACCGAGUGGGCCACAAUGAAGUGAUUGGCGUGUGCCGAACGGGGCCUGACGCAGAGGGUCUGGGCCGUGACCACUGGAAUGAGAUGCUCGCUUACCCACGCAAGCCCAUCACACACUGGCAUGCCCUGGGAGAGGUACCGGAGAGUUCCUUUUUCCUGAAAUGGCCAGGAAGAGCGACGAGCUUUGAAAGUCAGGGCUCCUGUCCUUCUCCCAAGCCUCCUCAAACUCCAUAGGCUGUCUGACGUAAUCACUGAGAUCACCCAACUUGGUAGUUUGUGACUCACCGCUUGGCUCUGAGUCCACCCGGCUAUGAUGAAGGAGCCGCUCGCUUUCUCACCUUUCUCAGAAAUCACGCUUUCAUUUGUCCAGAUGAGUCAUGACAUGUAAGGCUUUAUCCACCUUAUUCAGUCCUACCAAUUCUCAGAGGUUCACCGUUGUUUUUGUCUUCUGACUUCCCGUUGACGCAAUCACUUACACUGCAUGAGUCAGUGGUGGGCCAUGAGUCGGCUGGGUGACCAGCUCAUAAAAAGCAAAGUGCCGUCUCAAGGAAACAGACCCACAUUAACUAACGCAUACACACGUUAUAAGUGAAGCAAAGUCAUAAAACCUUGAGGCCCACUGGGAAAUUAUACUUGGAUGUGAAUGUGGUUGGAAAUACACUUGUCUUCUAGCAAGUUAUCAACUAAUAAGAAAUCAGUGUGUUUAUGGAAGAGUUUAUGGGAAGAUGUGGGUGUCAGACAAAGAGAUGUACAAACAGUUCAAACAAACAUUGCUAACCGGUUUAGAAACCGACUGUGGGAUAUAUAGGUGAUUUAUUGAGACACCGUUGUUAUCUGUGGCCUGUAAAUUGUCUACAUUUUGAAUUACAAAAUAUUAUGACUGAAACCAUAAAAGUGCUUACUUUCCAUGCUCAUUGUGCUAUGAGAGGUUUUACGAUGAUGGCAAUGUUACUGUCACUAGAAAGAAGGUGAAAACAACUGGUCGAUUGAGCACUCAUAAUAACCAUAUUAUAACACUUUUCAUAUAACACUUUUCACAAAUGCAAAUAGCAAAUUUCAGUAAUUGUCAUCCUUUUAAAGUAAAUAUCUCAUUCACUCUGUGGGGGCAAAUCUGUUUGGCAUCACCAGCCAAUACAUCACUUAAAAGCACAUACUUUAACAGUUUGGUGUUUUUUGGCACUUCAGUUUGUACUCAUCUGAAGCAUUUCUGCACUGAAAGCAUUCUACUGACAUGAGGCUGAGGGCUUCACAUUAAUAUUACCAUGCACUGCUAGAGGAAGCAGGAGGCAACUCGCAGAUGGAUCCCUGAGAUCCAGAUUUCUCCCUCCAAAGAGGUCCUGGCAAAGCUUCAAGCUCGGAAGCACACAGCACUUUGUCAAUUGCUCUCAGCACACAAUAUCUCACAGCGACAUGACUAAUGACUAAGAUACAUUAAUAAGUGCACGAGAUGGUCGUAACCUUUUCGAUAGAAAAUGCUCAGGCUAGUGACUACAUAGACAGACCGAGGAACAUAUGUCUGCAUGUAGUAGCUUGCAAUCAGUCAGCACAGAGUCAGACAAAUAAGGUCUUUGGAAACCCAAUCAUGCCCAAAUAUAUUCAUCUGUUGUCGGAUAAGCAAAACCAACCUGAAAAACAUUGAUACUAUUACAAUAUCGAUAUGUGUGAUGUGCUUCCUGUCUGGUUCUUGUGCAGUUUUGUUGGUUGAUGGUGUAGCUUAUAUGAGCAUCCCUGAGAGAUAAUGUAUUGAUGGAUAUGGUGACCCAGUAUCACAAGUAUUUAAUCAGCAGUAAAGUUCUCUAUUUUGACUUGACCUGUUCAAAGCAAGUAAGAUAGAUCUAACACUAUACGUUUCAUCAAAUUUCCAGUGUUGCAUGCAGAGUAGUUUAAUAUAGACAUUUUUGAAAAUAGACAAAUGUAAUUCUUCUAGAGACAAUGGGUUGUGAUUAAGGUUAGAAACAAUUGAAGCAUUACUGUGUAUGACCAUUACUGCAUAUUGUAAUAUGCAUCAUCACAAAUAAAGCAGAAUUUAAAAUAUUAUUAAUUGCCAUAGAUUGGCAUUGUGACAGUAUUAAAGUAUUUCAGGAUGGUGUUUGAACUUAUGACAACUUUUAUAAGUUUCCUCAGAAAUGUUUCACUGGAUGAAUACUCAGGGUAUGUGUGCUGCCCCUGUAGCAAUUGGAGAGGACUCUCCUGGUAAGUGCAGAAUAAAUUACAACAUGUUAGUGCCAUUAUUUGAGAUGAAAUACUACAAUUUCAUUUUCAAAACAUUGUCUAGGCCCGUAAUGGAGUUCACACAGAGUGGUUACAAGGAGAGAUGUAGCCAGAAAAUGUAGCAAGACAUUUUUAUUCCCAUAACAGCCAAACCAUCUCUAUCACCCCAACAGCAUAUUGCAGGCAUACGGCAUGUGAAAGGGUUACAUAAUGCUCUCUGGAAGUGUGAAUAUGCACUGGGGCGCGUGCUGUGUUAUGAUGCAGCUUUAUGUACACCAUUCAGUUUUAGUCAAUCAUUAGUCCAACUUUUUAAUGUGGAUUUAGACCAAUCAAAUAAGAAAUCCUGAUCCUAACACUUGAAAUGAGCAUGAAGUCAAAUAAGAAACCAAUUCGCCGCUGGAGUAGAAUGUGACUAACGUUGAUGGAAAUGAGUUUACCUGCAUAACAUUUGUUGAGAUUUUAUUUCUCGUUUCGGUUACCCUGACAACCUCAAAUUUUAAAAACCCACAGCUGUUCACAACUCCGCCCUUGA